AUGCCGAAGCGCGUAAGGACUUCCGCGGAGCAGCAGACUCCCGACGAAGGCAACCAAGUUGGCUCAGAACCUGAGCCCACAACCGUGGCCGCACGCACUCGGUCCUCGCGUCGACAGCCUCCCAGAUCUUUCAGCAGCACACCCGUUCAGCUUCAGGCCGGAAAAUCCACUGCCACGGCGGUUGAGCUUGACGAAGGAGAAGUCUCUGCGAGCGCACGCAAAGAACGUAAACGUUUGACCGACAGAGUUGCUCAGCGCGAACAUCGCAAACGUCAGAAGCAGUACAUCGAAGAGCUCGAGGCCCAGCUCAGUAUGCUCAAAGAAGGCGGCCAGUCAGACGUAGCGCAGCUAGCUGCCCGGAAUCUUCAGCUGUACGACGAGCUCAAGCAGAUGCAUGCAUUGUGGGAUGAAAUGGAGCAGCUGCUCUUGCGCCAACGGCAGCUUCGGCGAACGUCUACUGUCAACUUACUUUCUGCGAGACCCGAUUCACAGAUUGACACGCAGCUUGAUAGGCUCAUGGCGCGAGAGGGAGGCCAAACUACCACGGACGAACCGCUGCAACCAGGUCAGGCGAGCCACUACACCGGGAGCCACGACGGGAGUCAGUCGCCGUAUGCCGAUGCCAUCCCAGACGCGGACCCAGACCGGGACAACAGCGACAUGUCUCGGGUACAGGAUGCGACAGGCCAAGCCAUGUCUACUGCAGCGCAGCAUAGCAUCCUCUUCGAAGAGCAAGGCGAACUUCCGAGUAUCUUGCAGGCUACUGGGUGCUUUAUCUUUUGUUCAGGUGGCAAGCUCUACAAACUGAAGAAGCAUUUUUGA